UAUACACCUCACUCCACCCCACUCACCACUCGCAACGCAUCGAUCUAGAGAGAAGCUCGACAGCACGUAGAGGAGGGGUGCGUUCGCAUGGCGGUGGCCAGCGGCGUGCGGGCGGGGAGGCUGGCGAGGGGAAGUAGCAGCAAGCAGCAGAGGCAGCGGACCAUGAACAACAUCAAGCUCACCCUGCUCUGCGGCUUCAUGACCGUCCUCGUCCUCCGCGGCACCGUCGGCGUCAACAUCCUCUCCAACAGCGGCGGCUCCGAUGGCGAGGCGGCCGACGCCAAGGUUGUCGAGGACAUCGAGCGUAUCCUCGGCGAGAUCCGCUCCGACUCCGAACCCGAUUACGGAGAUAUCGCCGACGAUGACGCGUCGUCGAACUCGACGGCUGUGCAGUACUCCGGCUCCGGCUCCGGCAACGCCUCGUCUUCGUGGACGUACCGGAACUACACCCUCGGCCCGAAGAUCACGGGCUGGAACGCGCAGCGCCGGCAGUGGAUGUCCCAGAACCCGGGCUUCCCGUCCCGCGACGCUAGCGGCAGGCCGAAGAUCCUGCUCGUCACCGGCUCGCCGCCGGGGCCCUGCGACAACCCCAUGGGCGACCACUACCUGCUCAAGGCCACCAAGAACAAGAUCGACUACUGCCGCCUCCACGGCAUCGACAUAGUGUACAACAUGGUGCACCUGGACCCGGAGCUCACGGGGUACUGGUCCAAGAUCCCGCUGCUGCGCCGACUGAUGCUGGCGCACCCGGAGGUGGAGUGGGUGUGGUGGGUGGACAGCGACGCCAUCUUCACCGACAUGGCCUUCGAGCUCCCGCUGUCGCGCUACGAGGGCCGCAACUUCGUCAUCCACGGCUACCCUGACCUCCUCUUCCAGAAGCGCUCCUGGAUCUCCCUCAACGCCGGCAUCUUCCUGCUCCGCAACUGCCAGUGGUCGCUCGACCUGCUCGACGCCUGGGUGCAAAUGGGGCCCAAGGGCCGUGUCCGCGAGGAGGCCGGGAAGCUGCUCAGGGCGAGCCUGACGGGCAGGCCGGCGUUCGACGGGGACGACCAGUCGGCGCUGAUCUACCUGCUGCUCACCGAGAAGGAGAAGUGGAUCGACAAGGUGCACAUCGAGACCGAGUUCUACCUGCACGGCUUCUGGACGGGGCUGGUGGACAGGUACGAGGAGAUGAUGGAGAAGCACCACCCGGGGCUCGGCGACGACCGGUGGCCGUUCAUCACACACUUCGUCGGGUGCAAGACCUGCGGCAGGUACGAGGACUACCCGCUGGACCGAUGCCUCAGCAGCAUGGAGCGCGCCUUCAACUUCGCCGACAACCAGGUGCUCAGGCUCUACGGGUUUCAGCACCGGUCGCUGGCCAGCCCCAAGGUCAGGCGGGUCGCUGGCCGGACGGCAAAUCCGCUGCAAGCCAAGGAAGCGGCUCUCAGGAUGGACGCCAAGUUCGAGAGCACUUAGAAGAGAGAGAGAGAGAGACUCUGUUCUUGGGAAGAGACACAGUGGAUACGAGUUUUGAUCAGUUCUUUGCGUUUUGAUUAUUCUUGGGUUUCAGUUCUGCAGUAGCUAGUGCACGCAGAGGAACGACAUACAGCAACUGACUUGCUGUUAUGAAUUUGUUUAAUGUUUUUAGUUGGAUUCAGAGCAAAAUCAAAAUGUUCAGAAGGGUAUGACUCAAACAAUGUUAUUUUGAAUUAUGCCACCGAUACACUUUCUACUGUUCGUCAGAUUAGCUUCGUUUCAGUUGUGUCUUUGGACUACAAAAGCAACAACAUGUGAUCUGCAGAAUUAUGGAUGCUAUUCUGAAAUCUGCAGGCUUU